GCCAACUGCCAAGUCGCAAUUAGCAGCGCUAGCAGGUCGAAGACUGCGAUUCUGCGAAAAGGAAGUGAGACGGAGAAACUAGAGAAGUCUCGAAUCUCGAUAUCAUUUCCACCAGUGACCAGUUGGCUGAAGAGUGAAGAUUAAUUGUUUUCAUACGAUUACGGAUUAUUCUUACGUUUUAUAUUUUUUGUCACGCUGAAGAAUGUUUAUCAUGUAUUUCAUGUAAGCAGUUAGCAACUUACCACGAAUUAAGGUAUGCGAAUGCGAAACUGCAGGCUGAAACUGCUGUAGUGUACCAGGUAUAUGACUUUAUGUUGUGCGGUCUCAUUCAAAACUCCAAAGCUGUCGAUCCUGGCAAUCUGGAAUCAUUUGGGAUUGUCCGGCUUAUUUUGUUUAUGACGUGAGCCUUUCAGUCUGCUCGGAAAAGCAAGGACACAAUGUCUGCUAAGGAUGAGAUGCGUGCCAUGCUGGCGCAGUUGAUGGGUUCCACAGAAGACAACAACGCACCAAAAAUCCGCUUCUCCGACAGCAAAGUCUGUCGACCGUUUCUGCUGGGUUGCUGUCCUCAUGAUGUUCUCGAUAGCACUCGAUUUGACAUCGGAAAGUGUCGAAGAAUCCACGAUUUUGCCGCCAAGGCCGAUUACGAGAAGGAUAGCGCCGAUGGACGCGAUUGGAAUUUCGAAGCCGAUGCGUUAUCGGAAUUGCGGAGUUUUAUCAGGGAUGUCGAUCGGCGUAUUGAGCUAUCCAAGAAGGAUCUGGCGGAAACCCAGGAAGAAUUAAGUACAGAAGUGGAAGUCAAGGCGAAUCUGGUUCACGAUGUGGGCGAACAGAUCGGUAAGAAACUGGCGGAAGCUGAGCGAUUAGGUGUGGAAGGAAAUGUGGAGGAGUCGUUGAAAUUGAUGACUGAAGUGGAGAAACUCAAGGAGGAAAAGAAGAAAGCCGAGAUGGAUUACCGCAAUGCCAUGCCUGCCUCCACAUAUCAGCAGCAGAAAUUGCGGGUGUGCGAAAUCUGCAGCGCGUACCUGGGCAUUCACGAUAACGACCGGCGCUUAGCGGAUCAUUUUGGCGGAAAGCUGCAUCUGGGAUUUAUCAAACUGCGUGAUAAACUGGUCUUCUUGGAGAAACUGGUGGAUGCGAAGGCGGCCAAACGGAGGAAGGAGCGCGAAGAAAACCAGGCGCGCUCCAGUCCUGACCGUAAUCGCGAUCGUGACCGUGAUCGGCGCGACCGGGAUAGGGAUCGCGAUCGGGAUCGCGGUGACGAUCGCCGGAAGAGACGGAGCCGCAGUCGCAGUCGUGAUCGUCAACGUGACAGUGAUCGCCGAUCUUCCAAGUCUUCGAGACGUGAUUCCCGAGAACGCCGAUCUCACAGCCAGGCCGAGAAGCCCACUUCGCCAUAACACUCAAUAUCUGUUUGUGUUUCAUGUUGAUUGUUGAUGCGUGCAUACAAUGCAUUGCAAGGUAUGCAGUUUUUCAUCUGCAGUAGUGCUUUCUUUUAUUUAUGUCUAUGGUGUCUCCUUGUAUUUUAGAUCCGUAGCGUUUUUGGUUAAUUAUUAGUGUGUCGUAACUUAUACAGCGUGCAAGCUCUUUCCAUUUUUGUCGUAAAAUAGCAACACGAGCGAUUGUCAAAUUAAUUUUAUUGCCGAUUUUUAUUCAUUCGGUUUGCCAGAUCAUUCUGAAGUAUAAUAAGCAGAACAUUUUGUUUGUUUUUUUAUUCCGGGCGGCGUUGAAUAAAUUCCCACUG